CGUUCAUUAAUAACCAAAUAAAAAAUAAGCGCCAUCGUCUCAGCGGAACCUGCGAAGCUGUCGGUGCUGCACAAAGAAACAGGGAGAACACGUGGAACACGGGAGCGACGCUUCCACACCGAUGCGCCCUCCCGCGGAGACUUGUUGAGAGGAUGGAGGAGCUGCGGGUGGAGGGGGAUCAGUGAGGUGGAUGCUCAGCAGCGGACCCACCAUCACAUCCAUCCUCCCACAGCAGAUAAGUGAGUCAACAUGGCCGCGGAGCAGCUCCAUCUGUAGAGGCGCUCUGAGACACGGAACACAACAACACGCAGGUAAAUAAACACGUGGAGGGAGACACUGUGGGUUUUAUCUCCCGUGAGCGUAGCCGCGCUCACACGAGACGCGUCCAACUGUAUCCACCAAACAUUAAGAAGCCACAGAUGGCGUUCAUGUCCCGGUUCUCUCGGUCCCGGAGCAGCUCCAGGUCUCCGAGCCGAAGAGACCCGGAGCGCGUCCCCCCGAACCUGAGCGUGUCUGAGCUGGAGCGGCUGCUGUACACGGGCAAGACGGCCUGUAACCACGCUGACGAAGUGUGGCCACGACUCUACAUCGGAGACCAAGAUAUCGCAUCAGAUCGGCGUGAGCUGGCCAAACUCGGCAUCACACACAUCCUCAACUGUGCACAGAGUAAGUGGCGUGGCGGAGCCGAGUAUUACGCCGGGAUGAACAUCACUUAUCACGGCAUCGAGGCCCACGACUCCCCCACCUUCGACAUGAGCGUCAACUUCUAUCCUGCGGCAGAGUUCAUCCACAAAGCCCUGACAAGUGGAGGUAAGGUGCUGGUCCACUGCACUGUGGGAGUGAGCCGCUCAGCCACUCUGGUGCUGGCCUACCUGAUGAUCAGACAAAACCUGACCCUGGUGGAGGCCAUCAAAACAGUGAAAGACCACCGGGGCGUCAUCCCCAACCGAGGCUUCCUGCGCCAGCUCAACGGCCUCGACGGCAUCCUGAGAGACAGCCGCAAGACGUCGCCGCAGAGCUGAAAACCCCUUGAGAAAAGGUGUGAUCUGAGGUCGCAGCGCGCCUGGUUACACUGAGGGAGAUAAUGGGACCAAGUCAGGAGCAACCUGUGGGUUCCUGACACCGUGGCUCUGGGAGGCAGCAGGUGAUCUGAGAAUUUGUCUGACAUGAGUAGCGUCAGACUCAUUCAUUAUUAUUACUGUUAGAAUCAAACAACACGAGCACUGGAUAGUAAGUGUCGAGUGAAGUCCAUGUUCUGUAUGAUAUGGAGGGUGACCACACACAUUUAAAUGCCAAACAGCACCCUUACCCCAAUGAAGAAUUUAUUAAAAUCAAGUCUAGUCAGUGUUAUUGAUCAGAAAUCCUUACAACACAUGACAAAGCAGCCCUGGCCUCAAUGCAUGGUCACACCAGUGUGUUUUGUCCACAAGAAAGCCGUUUUUGCGGAGCUGUUGGUGGAACGCAGAACCGGAGAGUCCAAAAUGGAGGAAGCUAUUGCAGCUUAUAAGCGGCGUGUUGCCAUCCAGUUUUAUUUAACCUGCUCUGUAAAGCUGUUUUUUUUAGACGUGCUCAAUGCAGUGGGAGGUUUUCGGCACAGACUCAUUCACAACAACAACAAAUCCUCCACAUUAUUCAGGCGAGAGGUGGAGCAGCAGGCAGAGGCAGGAAGUGACGUAUUAACUCCGCUGCAGAGAUCACGUGAUUUUCUUGACGAACACACAGACGUCAGCUCUUAUCACCACAAACUCUCUUGAUGUCUUCGUCAGUGUCUCUAUGUGUGCGUCACCACCUUUGGUCUGGAGAUGUUUGUUUUCUUUUUGUAUGUUUUUUCAUUUUUGGGUCAGUCGAGUGUCCUAAUGUUAGCCGUUAUUAACUUCAAGCUCCACAAAUAGUCACUACACAAUCAAGCCUCUAGAACUACACAUUCUCAUGAAUUCAGCUGUAAUGCGUUCUGCUGUGACCAUGCCGAGACUCCAGAGCUGCAUAAGGAAAACUACAUUUGUUUUUUAGGGGAAAAAAUCUCAGAAGAGCAACAGGGAAGGACUCAUUCUUCCAGGACAGAUAUAUGAAAUCAUACAAAGAGGACAGGAACUCUCACAAGAUAAAUCUGAACGGUCACAUGAUCUUUUAUAAACUGAUUUAAAAACUUCAGAAUCUCUAAAACCUGAAAGCCUCUAAAAGCUAUUAAAAAAUGACCUGGGCAUUACAGGGGUGUAACACACAAACCAAUGUGAAUCCAGCCAGGCACAUUCGUCUCAUGUCCUCCCUUUCUGUGCACUUUCAAAGUAAGAGAUGCUCCAAAAUGAUCAAAAAAUGAAAUAAUAAUAGACCACCGAUACUCUCUAAAGAGUGUGUGCUUACAGCUCAAAGACACAUCAAACCUGUGAUGAGCAGCCCCAGUCAAGUUGGCUAGAAUUUGUACAUGAGAAAAAAGGUUUGAAAACCAUGUACGAAUGUACAGUCCACUCCCUCUACUUUGUAAUCAAACUUCAGACCAUUCCACUGAAACUUAUUAAGACAUGAAGCCUGAUUGUAUUGUGCCACUGUAACAUUCUGCAGGAAAACUUCCUGCAUUUCUUUCUUGAUAAAUAACUUUCAAAUAGUCAACAAUACAUUUUCUAUUAAUAAACAAAUCAAUCAAUCAAAUAAUUAUUUCAGAAUGUUUUUAUCAGCCAGUCUGGAUCUUCUGUAUAGUACUUUGAGGACUGAGGUGGCUCAGGGUUGGGAUUCGGGGGGCCCCCUGCUUGUUUUUAUGUGGGGCCCUAAAAUAACCACACCUGGCCCUGGCCAAGCAUGGGCUCCACUGUCUUUUAUAAUCAAUGCGGAGGUAAAACCUGUGAUAUCAGCAGUCAGAAAGUAGAUUCUUGCUCAGUGAUGAAAGUUUCUUCUUUCUGCUUCCUUCUUUACAUUCAGCAAGUGUCAUUAAGUAGCCCUGAACAACUCACUCUCUAGUUGUAGCCCAAGUCGGAAACCAGCACUGUUAUGUAGCCUAUUGAUUAUAGUAUUACAGUGUUGUCACUAUCUGUACACACUUCUGUGGUGAGUUUGAGCAUAGCAACAUACAAUAUAAUAUGUUGUUGGUUUUCAAUUGGGUGUUUAAUAAGUUCUGUUAAUUGUUUCAAUCCAGUCUUUUUUUAUUGGAUAUCUUGUGUGAGAGGAUCUGAAAUUCCACCAGUAGACUACAGACUUACACCCAUUUGGACAGGAUUACCAAUAAAGGGGAGAUGACGAAUGAAAUAUUCACUGUGCAGACUUUCACUCCCUGAGGCUAUCAUCAUGUCUGUUCUGAGGAAAAGCCCAUAAAUCAGCUUGGAAGACAGAAAAAGACACUUCUGAAUUUGCCCAAGCAUUAUAACUUUUCUUUAUGCAAAUAACUCAGUGAUAGUUGUCUAUACAUCUAUAGAUACAUUACAAACAGAAAUUGCGAAGAGCUAAUAAUGAUCUCUGAGUGGGGGUGAAAAAUGUCCCACAUGCACACCAAAUGGGUUUAUAACCACCACAGCUCCCCUAAAAUGAAUCCAGUCCAAAUGGGGCUUUAGACCCAAUAUCACAUUCUUGUAUCACUUCAACUUUACAGUGAGUGUCAGCUGCCCAGAGUCGUACUGUAAGUGUUUUUAAUAUGCCAGCAUCUGAAGUAUUUAGAAUAGACAGUGGCACUGUGCAGUGGGAGACAAUACCACAAAUGUGCCAUUGUAAAAGCUACCAACUGCCUGGAUAACAGGAGAGUGCACAGUGCUCAGUGCUGAAUUACAAAGUCGGCCUUUACGUCUUGGUGGUAAUUGAGGGUAAUUGUGUUCUCAUGCUAGUGAAAAACAAUAGAGGAACCAAUGCUGAAAUUUAAACCAGCUUUUCAAAUAUUCUUGUGCGUGUUAUUAAUGAUUACCUCAAGUGUCAUGUUUGAAACAUAUUGUUGUGACUUGUGGUCUUUGUCCAUGCUGUUUCAACAUCACCAUCUGGGAGAAGGGGUGAACGACUUCGCUCAAAUGCAUCAAUUAUAAUGUGGAUUUAUACAGACUGUACAAAUGGAGAUUUAAAGGUAUACUUUGAAUUCGCGUUGGAUAAUUGUGUGAUUUGCUGCAGAGUUAGCGACACCACUCUUAAGUCUGUGUUACAAAAAGAAGAAGAGAGGGAAUUAGCCUCGCUUAGCAUAAAGACUGGAAGCAUGGGUAAAUGGUCUGGCUCUGUCCAAACUUCUGAAAUCCAGUCCUUCUCAAAUAAGCCCAUGCUGAAGUAAUAAUUAAAAGAAUGGGUUCUUGAGUUUACCCACCAAAACUAAAGCAGCUGUAAUUAUUCAGUAUUGUUGGCUGAAAUUACUAUUUAACAAGCUAAUUAAUUCUAACUUGGUGAGUUGGUGGAAAACUGUCUCCACUGGACUUUUUGAUGUGUCUAAAUGACUUGUUUUUAAGAAAAAAAAAAUAUAUGGUUCAGUGGGUAGAACUUAGUGACAUCUAGUGGUGAAGCUGCAUGUUGCAGCUGAAAACCCCUCACCUAAGCCUAGCAGAUUAGUUGCUAUUUAUUUUACUGUGCUAUGACUGCACAAUCACUGUUCAUAGCGAGGCUAGAUCAUUGUCCCUGCUUCCAGGUCUAUAUGCUAAGGUAUGUUAAGCUAAUUGAUCCUGGUUGUGAUUUAUAUUCAACCUUUAAACAUUGAUCGCAUCAGCUCAAUCUCGGCAAGAAGGCAAAUUUCCCAUUUGUUUUGCAUUAUGUCCUUGGAAAGCAAAGCAGAGCAGCAAACAAUCCAGACAUGGAUAGUGUUAGCAUUGUGUGUUAAAUGCAUACCAAUCUGCAUUAUAGCUGGCUACUUGGGGACCAAGUUGACCCAAAGGAUCAGAUCCCGACACCUCAGAUGUUAGAUCACAGGUAUUUUCAUGAGAUCCUUGAUAUUUCCAAUUGGCACAUGUUUUAACUGUUACAACACAGAGGAAUCCCUUUUUUGGACGGGGCCUCUUUAACCAUCACCAUCUUUACCUUUGCUGUAUUAGAUCUGUGUGUUUUGUAUUUGUGGUUUUACUGUGCUGUGAUUGGUUGUUCGUUAGUCUCAAUUCCUGUUUAUAGUAAUAUCUUUUUUUCUUACAGCGACCUUUCUAUAGGCAAUCUUGAAUUCUUAUGAAUUUAUUUAUUAUCAUUCUCUUUGAAGGAGAAAGUGGCAAAGGAGAUGUUGAUGCCUUAACGUGUGUACUUCACGUGUGUUUUUUAGACCUGUGUUUCUAUGUUUUUACUGUGAAGAACACUGAGCAUUGAUACUUUGUUUUGAUAAAUUCAGUACUAAGUCAAAAAUUAAAGAAAAACCUUCUCACUGA